AAUAAUAAUAAUAAUAAUAAUAAUAAUAAUAAUAAUAAUAAUAAUAAUAAUAAUAAUAAUAAUAAUAAUAAUAAUAAUAAUAAUAAUAAUAAUAAUAAUAAUAAUAAUAAUAAUAAUAAUAAUAAUAAUAAUAAUAAUAAUAAUAAUAAUAAUAAUAAUAAUAAUAAUAAUAAUAAUAAUAAUAAUAAUAAUAAUAAUAAUAAUAAUAAUAAUAAUAAUAAUAAUAAUAAUAAUAAUAAUAAUAAUAAUAAUAAUAAUAAUAAUAAUAAUAAUAAUAAUAAUAAUAAUAAUAAUAAUAAUAAUAAUAAUAAUAAUAAUAAUAAUAAUAAUAAUAAUAAUAAUAAUAAUAAUAAUAAUAAUAAUAAUAAUAAUAAUAAUAAUAAUAAUAAUAAUAAUAAUAAUAAUAAUAAUAAUAAUAAUAAUAAUAAUAAUAAUAAUAAUAAUAAUAAUAAUAAUAAUAAUCAACGCCGUAGAGAGCUGGCCGGCGCGUACGAAGCCCUUCCUCCUACUCCUACUCCUACUCCUACUCCUGCUCCUACAACUCGUCCUGCCGAGUAA